AUGCACGCAAAAGCUGAGCGGUUGACGAAGCCUAAAAACAUGUCCGAAGAGCUGAACGGGGUGGCUGUUGUGAUCAUUAUAGGGCUGGGAGUGCUGACUGUGAUUUUGCUGUUCCUUUUCGCCAAAAGGCAGAUAAUGAGGUUCACGUUGAGGUCGAGGAGAGGCCCGCACGUUCCCAUAGGCCACGACGGGCCGAAGGGCAUUAAACGGGAAAUUGAGCGAAGACUGGAUGCAAUCCCUCGGAUUAUAUGUGAGCCGAGGCUAAUCAGUAACACUGAUCCCAGAUACAUUUUGUUCCCUGGCCAGCAAAUACCCAGCCACUACUACCGGCUGAAGGCUGUGGAUGAUGUGAAGAUUUUAGAAAGUGAGAUUACCAAGCAGGAUUCCUGCUUGGUGAGGCACCCAAGCGAAAACCUCAGAGCGUAUUUACUGACCACUUUGGCGGCCCCUUUGAACGGAACUGGCUUGAGGCUGAUUCAUCAGUUCUGCGACUUUUAUGAGCACGCCAGGCACGAUCCCAGCAAUUUUGGCGAUGAGGAAUACCAGCAGUAUAAUCGUUUGUUGCUGAAGCUGGUCGAUGCGGCGAAAAUGCUCAAGAGCUACAACAGUAGAAAGUCGUCCCCCAACAGGACUCCGGUGAGGAAGCAGCUGGUGGAUAAAUCUAAGAAUAUCAGCUCGCAUUAUUCAACUGAUGAGGAGAUUUUGAGCGUGACUGAUUCCCGACCCACCACUUUAUCAGUGCCACUUUCAGCCGACAAUGAAACCUCCGUUUGAGUUCUACAGCCGCCAGUUAGAAACUAGCUCAAGUUAGUAGUAUUUAUUAUCAUUACACAUAUAAGAGAAUGGGUUAUACUGAUUGAAGGUUGGAAAUGUAUGAGAAUAGUUUUUCCAGCAAUUUUCGCACUUGACUACAUAAAGCCCAGUUAAAAAUGAGCUUACAUUGUAAAAACCUAAAAGGUGUCUUGGGGAAAUGCGCUAUUUGAAUUGGCUCCAAACAGAUUUGGGUGCCGAGUGAAAAACCACUUUCCAAAAAUGUUCUAUUAAAAUGUUCGGUGUAUUAAACCGCAUCCACUGUACAAA